GUCAGGUGCAGUGCGGGUAUGCACGCUGAUGCCGUGACACUCCGGAAAAUUUGCGUCUACACUGAUUACCAAGAUUUGUGUGACUGCAGGUGUCUAGACACUGAAACGUCUCGUCUAUAGAAACUCGGUUCACAACACGUGCACUCAUUCUUUCAAUUGAACGCGAAAGUGAUGGAAAGACGACGAUGGUAUUCUUCUCUUCUUGCCGAGUAUCCAUCCGUUGUUGUCACGGCUGUGCUCGUCUUGCUGGUUGUGUGCGGUGUAAGCGCAUUUUUUGGCUCAAAACCUCCCAAAUUUGGAGAUCCAGGAAAGGGCUUUGAACCUCGCGGUACAGAAAUUAAAAAGCGUCUUCGAACGAUUGACAACAUAGAAAGAGCUACCGAACAAGGGAUUUUACUGAAUUCCGUCAGCCAACGUCGCCACAGUAACACAACAGUCAGUGACGUCACACGACGAACGGUUGCUUUUUCUGGCUCGAACGAAGGCGAUACAGGUGGCCUUCGUCUCUGCUCCACGUCCGGAUUCGCCUCCAGACUUAAAAUCGUGUUCGCAGCGGAUUUCGAUGUAGACCACAUCCGGGAAGUUUGCGCCUUUUCCUCCUCAUUCAUUCGGUCGCGCGCCGACUACGACACGAUCUGUCGACUGAGCGACGCGUCCAAGUGUUGCCCGGAUGUUUCCAUUGGCAACGUCAUCGCGUCGACGUUUCAUCGACCGGGAUGUCACUCACUGAAUGAAUCUGACGUCAUCGAGAUGAAAACUCGACUCUUACAGUGUGCACCUUGGUAUUCCAACGGAACACUGACACACAAUUGUUCGGAGACGCAAGCCGUAGGAUCAACAGGACUCCGUGAACUUACCUCGUCUGCUCAUUCCUGCCUCGAUGUUCCAGCCAUUUGUGCUGAGAACAACGUGAUCUAUAACAUUCUUCACUAUCUCACAGACAUCGAGUUUGUUGACAGUGUUUCGGCUGUUUGCAAGUCGGACUCAAAUAGAGACUGCUCUCGGAUAUCUCUAGACCGUUUCCCUCGUUUAGAGUAUACAAUGUUGUUAUUACAAGCCGGAGCUGACAGUCAGGUUGUAACCGAAAUCGAUAAAGAGUGGUUUGUUGGAUUGUAUCACGACCGUUUGUCAUCGGUUAAAGACUACGAGGAUGUGAAGGUGGCCGGGUUUGAUCUUCGCAUCGAUUAUGCAAUUUUUCAAGAACGCAUCUUGACCGAGACUCUCUAUCCUUCGUUUUCGAUUAUUCUCGUGUUUUUCAUAAUGUGGUUUUACACCGGCUCAGUGUUUAUCACAUCAAUGGGCUGCCUGGCCAUCUUAUCGUCGAUCAUUCUUGCCUAUUUCUUGUACAUGGUCGUGUUUCAAGUUCCCUCGUUUGGAUUUCUCAAUCUGAUGGCAUUCAUCAUCGUCAUCGGCGUCGGUGCCGACGAUGUCUUCGUCUAUCUCGACGUUUGGAGACAAACGAAGGAAGCAAUGCCGACGGCUAGCAUGACAGAUUGGGUGAGUACGACCCUUCGUCAUGCCGCAUUGUCGAUGUUUGUGACAAGCUUCACGACAUCUGUAGCAUUCUUUUCAAACAUCAUAUCCCCGAUCACGGCCAUUAAGACAUUUGGUGUCUUCGCUGGAACGGCUUUAUUGAGCAACUAUGUACUGAUGGUUUCGUGGCUUCCGGCUGUUGUUGUUGUUUAUGAACGAUAUGUAUCUCAUAUGUGUUGUACGGAGAAUGGAGAUGGAGACCGUUUUCGGUCCUGCCGUCGUGCUCUGUCAUUCGCUCAAAACAUUUUCACUCUGUUUUACGAACGAUAUCUAUCGAGAGUUAUUAUUGCACUGAAAUUUCCAUUGGCCGUAGGAUUUCUGGCGUUUGCCAUCGGUAUGUCGUUCACUGUGUUUCUCAGCCCAAAGCUGGACUUACCCAGUACAGAAAGAUUUCAAUUCUUCGUGUCGUCCGACCUCCUGUCAGCGUACAUCACAGACUUACAAAAUCGUUUCUACUUCGAGAGAGGCACGGAUGUGACUGCAACCACGUUGCCACUCUUUCUCUGGUGGGGAAUAGAGGCGAGUGAUCCUGGCAGCGGAUUUGAUCCCGACGACAAGCCACUUGAAUUAGACUACCAAUGGCCCACGCCGUUUGUUAUCAACGAAGACAUGCAGCAGUGGUUUUUGGAUUUUUGUGAGGCAAUCAAGGAGCAGGAUUUCUAUCGGAGUACGAGUUCUUGUUUUCUCGAGGACUUGAAACGAUGGCAGGAGAGACUUCGUUUGGUGCCAGCAACAUGUCAUGACUACACAGGGGAAUACAGAUUGUGUUGUAAUAUGAGUCUUCCUACUGAGUGGCAGACAUUGCAACGUUGCUUGCAUCUCUCGACGAUGGAUACCCCAUCUACAGACAGUAGCAUCUAUGGUGUCAAAUACGACAACCAAGGAAACGUUCGUGUAAUCACUGCGAGGAUCGAAACCGAUAAAACAUUUACAGGUUCGUUCGAACCGAUGCAGUCGUUAUGGAACAACAUUGAGGAUUUCAUGGUGGCUCAGAGUGCUUCAGCGCCAGAGGAACUCGGACGAGUUUUGUUUAGUAGCCAAUUCGGGUUUAUGGAUUUGCAGACGAGUCUGAUCGACGGCACACUCAUGGCCGUUGGUGUGUCACUCGCUUGCUCGUUUGGCGUGUUAUUUAUCACGACUCUCAAUAUUGUCAUCAGCAUUUAUGCCAUUGUAUCGAUCGGUUGUAUUCUGGUCUCUACCGUCGGCACGCUGGCCUUACUCGGUUGGGAUCUUGGAAUAUUCGAGUCUGUCACCAUAGCGAUCGCAGUCGGUCUCUCGGUUGAUUUCACUGUUCACUUAGGAGUCGCUUAUCGUCUAUGCAGGGAAGUCUCAAGGACAGAGAGAACCAUGUUUGCGUUGAAUCACAUGGGACCGGCGAUUACGAUGGCCGCACUGACGACGUUUGUUGCCGGUUCGAUGAUGAUGCCGGCUACGAUUCUCACAUACGUCCAGCUUGGUGUGUUUCUCAUGCUCAUCAUGACGUACAGCUGGGUGUUUGCUAACUUUUUCUUCUUGCCCGUUUGUGCUAUCAUGGGACCUCAGCAUCGGUUUGCACAAAUCGUGUUGCCUUCGUGGUUGGAUUGGUACGGUCAGGCAGCAUCAAUGCCUGUUCACGUGACCAAUGAAGACGUCGAUGGUAAAUCGAGGAAACGAUCUGAACAUGCGGAGAAGAAUGGCAAUGUUGUCCAGAUGCAUGCACAGGAGGAAGACUCGAGUGAUAUGAAGGGUGUUGUUACAGAGUGGGUCUCCUCGGUAUGAUUUAUUUAAUUUAUGGACAAAUUUUAGAGAUUUGUGAUUGGAAUGUCGAAUUUAUUGGUCAAGAAAUAUGUCGAUGUGAAUCUUUUAUUUAAAUAUUUCUGGAAUUCUUUAGGUCUUCUUAAUUCUAAUAUUGGAAAAUACACGAGAUGGUUGGAUGU